AUGACAACCACAUAUCCCGCCUACAAGACCAACACACCACUACAUCCAUCCUUCGACGACGAUAUCCGCGAUACGCACCUGAUCUACGACUACGACGCUGAAGACAAAGACGGCAAUCCAGAGAAAUGGCGAUACGAGAUGUGGUUCUUCUCUGACAGCCGCAUCGUCUACGCAAUCCACGGCGGACCGAUGGCUGGCCGCAUCAACUACCAGACUGCGACCUACCAGUGCAUCCGCCCGGGCGAGCUUUGGCAGGUCAACUGGUUGGAGGAGACCGGUACCAUCGUCUCCCUGGUCUACGACAUCCCGCUGAAGAAGAUCUCCACAAUGCUCGGCUUCUCGCGCGGCCACUGGGAGAAUCCCGAGCAAGCGCACGGCGACAAGCGCAACCCGGAGGAUCUGGCCCGCUGGAGGAAGCUGGCCGAGAUCGGGAAGCAGACCGAUCGUUUGGUGUUAUCAGAGCAGGCGAGCCUAGUGGAGAUUUUCAAGGGCCCGGGUGAUCUGAAGCCGAUUGCGCAGGAUGCGCCGACGUUCUAA